UCUUUUUUCCUUCAUUUUAGUAGAGAGAAAAAGAAUAGAGGAAUGGGAGAGCUUAGGAUCAGAAGCGAUUUAGUAGAAAAUGAAUUAUGGCCAAAGAAACCGACUCUAAUUAAGCCUAUUCCUAUGAGAGCUCAAAGUAAUGUGUCUAUAGGGUAUGGUUCAUCCUUUCAACCAUGGCAAAAACCCUCCAAUCCAGUUAAUGAGCUUGUCACCAUUCCAGAAAACGACAAUCAUCUUACAGAGGAAAACGCUUCAAUUAAUGAUCAUAACACAGCCAAUGAAGCCCAACCAAACAUUGAGCAUGAAACCAAGAAGAAGCUCAAGAGAAUCAUUUCAAACCGACAUUCUGCUCGAAGAUCGAGAUUGAAGAAACUUGCAUACAUGGAGGAUUUGGAAAACAUCGUGAAAUCUCACAAGAAGAAAAUAGAGUUCCUGAAUGAACAAAUUGCAGAGCAAGAAAAGGAGCAGCUAUUGUUGCAAAUUGAGCAUCAUACAUUGAAAUACCAUAUGGCUGCUCGUGAAAAGCACAGAAUACUUCAAGAAGGCACCCACUAUCCAUCACCAUGAGGCAGCUACUCGCAUCCUCAAGUACAUCAAGAAUGUUCUAAGUCAAGGUUUAUUUUUUUCAGCUAAUUCCUCCCUCCAUUUGAAGGAUUUUAGUGACUCUGAUUGGCCAAAUGUACUCAUCGCUCCAUUGUUGGCUUUUUGUAUCUUCCUUGGUUCCUCCCUCUUCUCUUGGUGAUCGAAGAAACAUACCACAAUCUCAUGUUCUUAUACUGAGGCUAAAUAUUAUACCUUAGCAUUGACCAUGUAUGAACUACAAUGGCUUACAUAUCUAUUAUAGGAUGUUAUGGUGUCAUUCAUUAGUCUAGCCUUGUAUUAUGAUAGUCAAUUUGUUUGUCAUAUUUCUAACCCAAGCUUCUAUGAAUGCACCAAACACAUUGAAAUUGAUUAUCACAUUGUUUAGGAAAAGCUUGAAUCUUAGUUCUUUGAUCUACUCUCAAUUUCAUCUAUUAAUUAGAUUGCUUACU